UAUAAAAAGAACAUUGUCCCUCUUUCUUAUAUACAUAUUACUUCUAAAUUCUAAAGAAGUAUAGAAGGAAGGCCAAUUCAAAAAGUCACACAAUGAAUCGUCUCUUGUGUUUUCUGCUCUUUAUUGGAUUGUGUGUAGGAUUGAGUGACGCAAAAUUUAAAUGGCCGAAGAAAAGCACCGUAUUCGUCAAGAGUUCCCUUGGUCAAAACAACGUCUUGAAGAUUCAUUGUAAAUCAGUCGACGACGAUCUAGGCUUCCAUUUCUUGCGUACCGGAGAAACCUACGAUUUUAGUUUCUAUGAAAGUUUUCUGAUAACAUCAUUUGAUUGUUACUUAUGGCAAGGACCUCAUUACAAGUUUCAUGCAGAGUUUGAGGCAUAUGCAGGUGGUGGUAUCAUCAUUCAUUCUAAAAAGAACUUCUGGGAUGCUAGAGAAGAUGGAAUCUAUUUCACACAUGGCAAAGAAAUGCCUAAAUUAGAGUAUAAGUGGAAUUAUUUUUUUUUUUUUUUGAAAAUCUUACUAAUUAUAUGAUCUCAUCAAUACUAUAAAUUAGUAAUGUAUAAAAUUAUCCAUAUAUAUAUAUAUAUACAUUGUAUUAUAUGUAAGAAUAUAUAGUGUUUGUUUGUUUUUUUUUUAAAUUAUAAUGUUCAUUAUGUCUUGUUAGAAUUUAUAUGUAAUAUGUUUACUGUAUCAAAAAGUUUCGAUGUCUCAAGGAGACAAGGACACGCUUGC